AUGGUCACAGACAGUCAUGCUGCUAUCCAGAGAGACAGCAACAGGCUGGAAAAACGGCCUGACAGGAACCUCUUGAAGUUCAACAAAGAGCAGUGCAAAAGCGCUGCCCUGAGGAGGAACAGCCUCAGGCGUCAACACACACUGGGUGCCGCCCAGCUGCAAAGCAGCUCGGCAGAAGGAGACCUUGGGGUCCUGGUGGAAGACCGGACAUUCUUCAGGGAGGAAGUCUUCAAGGCACAGGAGCAGGCUGUCCCCACGUGCUGCAAGACGAACCGGUGGGGACAACUUCAAGCAAUGACAGCCCAAGUGAAAGAGGUGAUGGGACAAUACGAAAGGAAGAUAGCCCACGUCCAAGACGAGAAGGAACACCAUCAAGACAUGGCAGGACAACUUCAAAAGGAAAAAGCCCAGCUGCAAGAGGAAAAUGGACAACUUCAAAAGAAAAACGCCCAGCUGCAAGAGGAAAAUGUUGAUUUCACCCUGGAUGCUGACACGGCUCACCCCAGACUGGAAAUCUCUGAUGAUGGGAAGAGUGUGAAAGAUACUGGCACCAUCAGAAAGGUGCCCAGCAAUGAGAAGAGAUUUGAUUCCCACAUUUUUAUGCUGGCAAAGGAAGGAUUCACAUCUGGGAAACACUACUGGGAAGUGGAUGUCGGAAAGAGAAGAAGCUGGGCCUUGGGUGUUGCCCAGGAAUCUGUCACUCGCAAAGGGACAUUGACGCUGUCCCCUAAGAAUGGCUUCUGGGUCAUAGGAUUUGCAGAUGGGAGAGAGUAUUGGGCCUACACAGAUCCUUGGACCCGCCUGAGUGUGAGUGGGAAGCUGCAAAGGAUUGGGAUCUUCCUGCACAUCUCAGCCAAGCAGCUGUCAUUUUACAAUGUCCAUAAGAAAACAACUCUGUACACUUUCACCUUGGGAGGUGACAGCAGCCAGGAAGAGAAGCUUUUUCCUUUCUUCUCCACGGGUCCUGCUACUGCCAACCCUGAUGGCGACCCUCUAAGAAUAGCACAGAUGUUUGAUGAUGAAGAUGAGUGA